GAAAGUAGUCGUUGUGCAAGUUUUUAGCGCGGCGUAAAUCUAUAAAAAAAAAAAUAAAAAUAAAAAUAAAGCGAUAGCGAUAGCGAGUGUUUAUAAAAUAAAAUAUGGUAGGGCAGCAACUGAAUAAAAAAUUGGAUGAAUUGGAAAAAUGGUUCAAAGAAAAUCCAAAAUUACCGGAAGAAAUUGAUCGCAUUCUUUUACGACGCUUUCUUAAAUGUAUGUACAACAAUGUAGAGGAAACCAAAAAAAUUAUUGAAUUAAAUUUUUCAAUACGAAAUAAGAACCAACAUAUAUUUCUUCACCGUGAUCCCGACGAUGAAGCUGUCAAAGCCAUACGAGAUGUAGUAGAAAUGGUGCCACUACCGGGUCUGACUCCAGAAGGUUAUAAGUUACUAUUAUUUCGGCUAUCAGAUAUAGAUCCGAAAAAGUUAAAUAGCACCAUCGAGUGUAAAGCAUUUUUCAUGCUAGCUGACUGUCGUUAUUCGGAGCUCGAUAUCGAGAAGCCGGAAACACAAAAGAUAGAGAAAUCGAAAGAUGAUACUCAGACGGAGGAAACAAGUGAAAUCGAAGAUGACUCGCUGCAAGAUGAUUCAAUAUCAAAUGGUGAAGUACAGAUAUGUGAUAUAGGUGAUUACACUUUAUCGCACAUGGCGCGCAUUUCCUUUACGACAUUGCGUAUGUAUAUGAAUUUUCUUCAAGAGGCGUAUCCAGUACGUUUACGCGCAAUGCAUAUCAUAAAUUGUCCGCCAUUUUUAAACAAAAUGGUGUCUAUUGUAAAGCCUUUUAUUCACGAGGAUGUCUUUAAAAUGAUACAUUUUCACACUGAAGGCAUGGACAGCUUGUAUGAAAAAGUGCCGCGUCAUAUGUUACCGAGAGAAUAUGGCGGCAAUGCCGGUGAUAUAACGGAUCUGAAGAAAAUAUGGACAGAUAAGUUAAAAGUUAAAAGAGAUUACUUAAUGGAUGAAAGGCAUUGGAAAAUGGAUCCUGCACAAAAUUCGCGACGUUGGUAUUUGUUUUGAAAAUUUUCGAAUCCACAAAAUCAUUAUUAUCUAAAACUCUUUGGAGAGUGUUUUCCGAUUUAUAGCCAUUUGAUGUGAUAUGUUGUAAAAAUGGAAAUGCUUAGGAAAAUUCAUAUGGGAGUAUGCAGAGUUAAUUGUAUAAGGACUAUUAUGUACAAAUAUAACCAAUGUAUAUUAGUAUAUCUAUAUAUAAUAUAUAAAGUAUGGGCUAAACUCCUAACUACUGAUCCAACUUAAAGACAGGAUAGUUUACUCAUGUGUAUUAAAAAUUAUACUUUAUAUAAAAAUAAUAUGCCAAAAAUCAA